AUGCCGCGCGCAUCGACGCGAGCGAUCGCGCUCACCGUCGUCGCCCUCGUCGUCGCCCGCAGCGCGUCCCCGGUCGCCGCGUACGUCGACGUCGGCGCGCGCGGCGUCCCGACGCUCACCGAUGAAAACUUUGAGCGCGAGACGCAAACCUCCAGCGGUUCGUCCUCGGGCGAUUGGCUCGUGUUAUUCACCGACGCCGAUAGCAUUCGAGGCGCUCGAGCCGCUCGGACGCUCGCCGCGGCGCGCGAAUCGUUGUUGGAGCGCGGCGUCGUGGCGAGCGAGCUCGACUUUGAGCGCGCGCCGGAGACGACGGAUCGGUUCCGGUUCGUCGUCAAGCGACGACCGAGCGUGGUGCUUAUAAAGCGAGGGAAAUGCUACGCGCGAGAGGUGAACGGUGAGGAGAGCGCAGAGGAGAUGACGGAGUUUGCGACGAAGACGUACGCGACGACGAGCGAGACGAGCGAGACGUGUCCGCAAGAGUUGACCUUCAUCCAGAAAAAGUUCGCGCGAGCGACGACGGCGCUGGCGAUGGGGUUGGUGCGCUUGCACGAUCGCGUGGAGCGGAUGUCGCACGCACUGAGGGAGGAUUACAAGGUUGUGGCGGCGACGCGGCGCGCGAGCGGAGUUCGCGCCGCUCUGCGCGCAGUGGAGCGAGUGAUGACGGAGAGCUCGAACGAGUAUGGGCUCUUGCUCGUCAUCGUCGGGUUGGUUGUGAUCGUCACCGCGGGAGCGCUCGCAGUGGUGACGUUUCCAACGGCAGCGGCGUCGACGCAGGCGACGAAGGCGAAGACAGAGUGA